AUGACGCGCGACACUCGCGCGCGAGCGCUGGAGAAGAUAGCUUCGCUCUCGGCGACGGGCCCCGCGACUUCAUUUGAGAAAUCAGAUCUCGACCGACUGUGCAAAGCGUGCCAUUCAGGAGCAAGAGGAGGCGAACAUGGCCAGGCCGGGCAUAACUCAAAGCCGAAUGGCUCUCUGGGAAGAGUCCCCAUGUCAAUUCGCGAGUUUGAAGUCCUCCUCGCCUUAUGCAAGACCGCGCCGAACAUCCAAUCCAGCCAAAGUGCUCAGAAGCUCUCUUAUCGAUUGAUCCCUUACAUACUCGACAUCCAUACCCAAGUUUUUGUGUCAUCGCCCUUCUUUCGCAAGAUCGAGCCAUCCCCGACGGAGUCGCUGGCCUUCCACGUUACGGCUGCCCUAUUGUCGCUUGGGAACAACUACCACGAACUUCACGACGACAUCUCCAAUGGCAUCUGGCACUUCGCCAACGAUUGUAAUAAGGUGGCUGAAAAUGUCGUCUCGCCACACGUCGGCGAUCCUGAGAACCCCCAUCUGGACGACGCGAUCCGGACCGCGACCAUUGCGCUGGCUCUCGUUGGUUUCCUCGAUGCCAUGUCUGCCCAGGCAGAUUUCUGGAGAGUGGACGGCCGAUUAUUCCUUAUACAAAAGAUUCGUCAGCUUCUCUCAGAACCAUUCCUGGUUGCAGUUGAGACUGCCAUCUCUACCAUCCGUAACUCCCUCAGCCAAGAUCGGGACGUGAAGGAGUGGAAGAGGCAUCUGCGUCAUUAUGCUGCCUCGGGGAGACCUCUUGGAGCAAUGCUGCUGCAACGCAGUUUUAUGUGGCUGGUGCUGGCGAGCAGCUCCUUGAUGGUUGCAGAUGGAACACGCCUUCGGACUACACACAUCUUGGACAUCCUCAUGUCGAAAGACGGCAAUCUGAACUCUGGUGAUAUAGUGGUCGAUACCCCGUCUAUCGAGACAUAUACUAGUCUUGCGAUAGAGCAGAUGCAUUACAUUGAGGCGGGUGCCGACUUUGUGCGACUUGGAGCACACUCUCAGCAACAGCUUGCCUUUGCAGUCAAGUCCGCUGCCAUGAUCACGUAUCUGAACUGUGCUCUGCUUAAUGAAGAGAUUGCGGAUGCGGAUAUCCUCACCACUUGGCUCCAGGAGGCACUGGAAGACCCUAUGCAGAUGACUGACGAAACUUUGGCAUCUACUGUUCUACAGUGUCUGGCUCUAAGCUGCCGUAUAGCGCCCUCGUUUUCUUCGACCGUCAGCCGCGUACUUCCACGGUUUCUUGUUCAGACCGUGCCUCAAGGUAACACCGUUGGAGUGGCGUCAAAGAGUUUAGCAUAUGUUCUGAGGCUGCUCUCCAAAGAUGCAGUCAUCAGCACUCUCUAUACCUUGGGCAAUGUGCUAAGCCCGGGCUCCGAUGGAACUAUUACUGGCUUACAAGCUAAUGGCACCGCUGGCGAAGCAAACCUGGCCCCUGUUUAUGUCAACAGACACUCUACCGGAAGCGCCAUUUCUCUUCAGAUGAACGGCGAGGAAGAGACGGCCAUAAUUUACGGCAAUGUUGUUCAGGCGAUAUGCGGCAUUGCGGCAGCAUGUGACGAUGAAAAGAUUACGGCUCUUGCACAGUCCAUGCUUCUGCAGAAAUUGGACAAGGUCAACGUCAGCGUUGAUACCCAGGUUAUAGCUGGUGCAGCUACAUUGGCACUUAGUGGAGGCCAAUUGGAGUUCCGCUCGCUCCUCAAAUUGUACUCGAGGAUAUGCCAUAUCGGCGUAGUAGAGAAAAAGGACUUCCUCUUGGGUUCGGUGAGGAGAGCUCGUGCGCACAUCUCCGCUCGUUUGCGUCGGGAUUCCCCCUUGUUCGACAUCUAUUGGGAACAUUUGCUUGAUAGCAUCAUUUCCCUAGGCGAUGCUCACGCGUCUGGCCAAACCAAAGACUCGGACGUGCAGCUAGCUGCUCAAGAGAUCGGGGAACUGCUUCACCCUCUGGCCGUGUUCAUGGCCAGCAACGAUCUUGCCUCAGAGCCACUGACGAGUGAUGAAUCCAAUGCUCUCCUUAGAGAUGCAUGGUUCAACAUUGUUGUACAUGGCUUUAUGACAACCACCGAGCAUGGCAAGAAGCACAUCGAUGAACUUCGCAUGAUUGCCGUGCACUCUCCCGCCUUGGUAGCGAGCCAGCGUAGCGAGCAGGUUGAGAGUGACAUUGAGCUUAAUACUGUGCUGAGACGAGGACAUAGUAACGAACGAGAGGCAAUGCAGAAGAAGCUUCUUAGCGAGCUCGUACCAUCAAAGGCAGCUGACAUUAAGAGCCUUAGCUACCGAAAGGUUAUCUUCCUUCAAGCCGCUUACCUGGUUGAGAGUCUCCGGGCGGACGCAGGCGAUUGCACCAAGGCAUUGACCUACUUUUUGGAGCCUGCCAUGCGAAAGGGCGAUGUGAGCAGCACUAUGGAGGGCAUCGCUGCGGCUGUCGUGGACAAGUAUUUGAGAAAGACACUCGCGGGCAUUGACCCGAGCUUCUCCUCCCAAUACGCCGCUACACAGCUUGUUUCCAUCUUCUGUAACUGCUGCCAUCGCAUCGAGCGUGUCCAGCAGGCUGCAUUUGCUUGCGCAGACCGUAUCAUCAGGGAUGUUCCUUCGGCCUUGUGCCACAGAACUUCUCUGUUCGCUUUACUAGAGCUCCUCUCUCUCUUGUGGACAAGUUGUCUUGAGGCCGAGACUGAUAUCUACACACCACGUUCGAUAUUUACUUCCAAGCUUGGUGAUGUGACACUCGAGCUAUCCGAUGACUAUGAUUUCCGUCGCUGGACCCUGGACAUCCUUAACCGCAAGGCCAAGGCGUGGGUCACCGCUGCUAUCAAUCUGGCGCCGUUAGAUGUGAAGGGCCUUCUCCAGACAUACUUGUCGGAAUUUGAAGACGAUGGUGCAUACGGUCAUGUUUCUCUUGGCCGAUCUUUCGCCCUGGAAGUUGGGUCCAUCAUUCCUUCAACGGAUAGCAGGCUGCAAUCUCUCGACCGUGUCGGAGACACUGCUCUCAACACAGCCUCUGAUUUAAUCGCUCAGUAUACUACUCGUCAAGAAUACCGCUACGGCGAAACACUUCCAGAUCGCGGGUCUGAGUUGAUAACCUUUAUGAACCUGAACCGACGGUCGUCGUUUGUUCAGUCCACAGUGAUAGAGAGUGCUAAUGCGGCCACCGCUUUGGCUCAUAUCGAGGCACGGAUUUUGAGCAAAAAGUCUACUUCUUUGAACGAGGUACGCGAGAUCCUCAGACGAGCAGCUGCCCUUUUAUGCCGCGGUGGAAAAGAUGAAUCAGCUGUUGCUCGCUACCUAGUGAACAUUCCCUUCGCCCUGUUCACAAAGCAGUCGAUCAAGCUGGGCGUCUCGCUGUGGCUUGGUGUAAUGAACGAAAACCCGCAGCUGGAGCCCAAACUUCUUAAUUCUAUUGCCCAGCAGUGGGAGUUAAGCAUUUCUCGCAAGGAAGAGUUCGCGCCAAGCGAGCUGGAAAUGCUGGCAAAGCGGCGGCAAUUGGUACAUGACAUUUUGUCUCCUCACGCUCGCCUGCUGCAGUUUUUCAGCAGCCACUUCAACGCCACCAGACUUGGCUGUCCUGAUAUCCAGAGAAUCUUUAUUCGCAUGCUUGACUUGACUUUGGACGCCGUUAAGGACUGCGCGUCUCACCCCCUGGCGAGAGAAUUACGUCUACAGAUUGUCCUCUUUGGCCUACACGUUUUACGAUGGAGCACUAUCAUUAACGCUACAGCCCAGUUUCGUCUCAAGGGCAAGAUUCUAUCAGCAGGCCUCUCCUGGUUCAGGAAUUCUCCCAGGUGGUCCUUUGGUAGCAAUCUCGUACAACUGAAGACUGAGUUUCGCCUCAUCUCGGACGUCCUCGCCGCCAUGAAAGUUGUUGCGCCCAUCGGUGCUAAUACGAGCGGCGUUAACUCGCUGCGUUCCAAUGAACAGCUUCUGCAACUGCUGUUGGAAAACGAGCAAUCGCGCCUGGCAGUAUGGACAAGCCCUGUGACCCAGCAUCACGCUCACCUGACGCUCCAUCACAACCCUUCGAAAGCAGCGACGGAGGCUGCUCUUCUGCCACUGAUUCCUACGGCCUGGUUCCAAGAUCCCGCUAUCGCCAUUGAACUAGCAACGAGGUUUCACUACCCUCGCUUGGCUCGCGAGAUUAGAUCACUGGUUCUUGCGAUGCCAGAAAAGGCCAUAUCUGAACCCGAAGCUAUUCCUCUCAUGCUCGGUGGACAUCUACCUGAAGAUGUCACUUCACAACUCAAGUAUCUCUUGUUCUGGGAGCCGAUCAAUCCUCUCACCGCUGUCACUCUCUUCUUGCCAGCAUAUAGAGAUCACCCUUUGCUCAUCCAGUACGCUAUGCGAGCUCUGGAGAGCCAUUCGGUGGAUAUUACCUUCUUUUACGUGCCUCAGAUUGUGCAGACACUGCGUUAUGACACACUCGGAUAUAUGGAACGAUAUAUCCUUGAGACUGCCCAAUUUUCCCAACACUUUGCUCACCAGAUUAUUUGGAAUAUGAAAGCCAACGCGUACAAAGAUAACGACGGCGAGAUCCCCGAUGCCAUCAAACCAACUCUUGACUCCAUCAUGACCAAGAUGGUGGACAGCUUCUCCCCCGAAGACAGAGACUUUUACCACCGAGAGUUUGCCUUCUUUGAUGAAGUCACUAGCAUUUCGGGUAAAUUGAAGCCAUACAUCAAACGGCCAAAGCCGGAGAAGAAGCAGAAGAUUGAGGAAGAACUUCGAAAGAUCAAGGUUGAUGUUGGCGUCUAUCUUCCCAUCGAUGCAGACGGCAUCGUCAUUGGCAUUGAUCGCAAAUCUGGAAAGCCUCUGCAGAGUCACGCCAAAGCUCCUUACAUGGCAACUUUCCGCAUCAAAAAGCACAAGGGCGGACUCGAGCAAGAGAAUCAACUGCUAGAGGGAAGUGGAGGGGGAGAAGGCAAGGAGCACGAGGACAACACAGUCGAGAUAUGGCAGUCCUGUAUCUUCAAGGUCGGAGACGAUUGCAGACAGGACGUGCUGGCGCUGCAGAUGAUUUCUGCCUUCCGAGGCAUCUUCCACAACGUCGGCCUUGAGGUUUUCGUGUUCCCGAACCACGUUACUGCGACGGCCCCAGGUUGUGGUGUCAUUGAGGUGUUGCCCAACUCAAUCUCGCGAGAUAUGCUUGGUCGUGAGGCCGUUAACGGACUUUACGACUACUUUGUCUCCAAAUACGGCAACGAGGACUCCCUCCGCUUCCAACAAGCCCGCGCCAACUUUGUCAAGUCCAUGGCCGCCUACUCUGUCAUUUCAUUCCUGCUCCAGUUCAAGGAUCGCCACAACGGCAACAUCAUGAUCGACGACGCCGGGCACAUCCUCCAUAUCGACUUUGGCUUCUGCUUCGACAUCGCCCCCGGCGGCAUAAAGUUCGAGCGCGCGCCCUUCAAGCUCACGAGCGAAAUGAUGGCCGUCAUGGGAGGCUCGUCGGACCACCAGAGCUUCAAGGCCUUUGAGCAGCUCUGCAUCAAGGCCUUCCUCGCCAGCCGCCAGUACUGCGAGAAGCUCAGCCAGAUCGUCCAGCUCAUGAUGGACAGCGGCCUGCCGUGCUUCAAGCCCGAGAGUGUGCAGAACUUUAGGGACCGCUUCGUCAUGGACAAGACGGAGCGGGAGGCGGCCGACUUCAUGAAGGACCUUAUUAAGAAGAGUUACUCGAGUUACAGCACUGGUAUUUACGACCAGUUCCAGCUGCUUACCAACGGUAUUCCCUACUGA